CCAAUCCAGCUGCUCCGCCCUCACGCCUCUGGCCGCUCCGCCCUCGCGCUGCGGCGAUGUGGGGCCCCGCGGCUCCCUCCGGCGGCGGGCCUGGCGCGGCGGGCGCGCCGGCGCUGGCGGCGGCGGCGCUGCCCGCGGGCGCCGCGGGGCGGGCCCUGCUCGAGCGGCAGGAGGAGAUCGCGCGGCGCGCCGCCGGGGACGUCGCCGCCGCGGUGGAGCGCGGCCGGCACUCGCUGGCCGCACCGUUGGAGCGGGAGGCGGCGGAGGCGGAAGAGUGGGCGGGCAAGACCGAGGCCAGGCUGGCAGAGUUGUACAAGUUCUGCGCCAGCGUCAUGAAGGAGGCCAAGGGCGAGCUCGAGGCCGCCGAGCGCCAGGGCGCCGAGCUGGCGGCGGCGUGGCGCGCGGAGAGGGCCGCGCUGGAGCGCCGGGCCGCGGAGCUGUCAUCGGCGCACGCGGAGGCCUGGGAGCGCCUCGCCUCCGCCGCCGCCGCGGGGGGGCCCGCGGAGGCCGCCUGACGGCUGCGGCGCCCGCCUGUGAGGGCCGCGGCCCGGGAGCGCCGGGAGCCUCGUCGCGGGUUGGCCGCCGCGGGGCCGCGGCGCCCGCGGCCCGCUUGCGGCCAGAGUCCUUCCGGCCCGGCCCAGCUCCGCGCGCGCGCGCGCGAGUGUGGCCGAUCGGGGGGGAGGUCGGGAGCGAAAGGGUGCUUCCGUCCUUCCACGUGCGACACUUGUCGACUCUCCUUCUCCCCAAGAGUGUCCAGGAAUUCGCCCUGUAGGACUCUAGGCUGCAAUUCGACUGACGAGGGUUGACCGUGGCCGGCCGAGGAGCUGCUCGUUGGGUGUGCGAGCAGUGCAAGA